AUGCAUAAAUCGAACGAAGAUUGUUUUUACUUUCUUACAUCAUUAUGUGCUAAAGGUUCUUCAUGUACAUAUCGACACAGUCCAUUAGCGUUAACAUGUAACGUUAUUUGUCCAGCUUGGCUACGUGGUAAUUGCCUUGAUCCUGCAUGCCCAUUUCGACACACUACAGCUCAACGUGCAAUGAUUAGUAAUGGUAUCUUAUGCUUUUAUGAAAAUACACCAACAGGUUGUCUGAAAGUUGAUUGCACAUUUGUUCAUUCGCGACCACGAAUGACUUCAAGAACUGCAGCAACAAUACGACCUUCUUCAACUAAUCUUAUUAACAAAGAUGCAACGAAACCAAUUGUAUCGAGUGUUCUACCUACUGUCAUACCACAAACAACACCUACGUCUAAUUCUAGUAUUAAUCCUCUUGAAUCAACGCCGAGUGAACCACAAAUAGUCAUACCUAUUAUUAAAAUUGAAUCAUUAUCAAAUUCUGAAAUAUCAUCACCGAUAACAAAAACUGAAACAACAGUACGUCGUAUUGCAUUAUCAUCAGAUGAUGUUGAUCAAUCAAAUGAAUCCAAAACUAUAUCAGACAAUAACAGUACUAGUCCAAAAUUGCAGAAAUCUUCUAGUCGUUGUGUUAUUACCGACACUCCAAAAAUAAGUCAAGAUGAGACAACAACAACAACACAAUCACGAUUAGUUGUCAAUAGAAAUGUUGUUCUCAGUGAAUCAACUGGUAUUCCAAAUCGAAAAAUUGUUCAAACUACAACUACAACAACAAAAACAUCAUCAUCAUCAUCGGCACCAUCAAAUCGUGUUGUUGUUUCAUCAAGUGGUGCUGGUUCAACUGCAAAAGAUAAAAGGACUGAUGUUGGUUUUGUCGAACAAAAAAAUGAUAGUAAAAAAUUUAAAAAAGAUUCAUCGUCAACUGUUAAUAUUCCAUUUCCUUAUUCAACACCGUCGAUUACAAACCGUUUAUCAUUCAAUUCAUCAAAAGAAACAACGUCAACGAAUGAUGCAAAACCAAUUCGAUUAAAUCGUGAUCGUUUGCCCGCAACAAAAAUAUCGAACGGAAACUCACCUGUUUCUGUUGCUACAUCAUCACAUGAAGAAAAGUCAUCUGCGGGAACAGUGUUGUUACAAGAUAAUGAACGUCGAACAAUGCGUAUCGAACGUUUCCAGAAAAAACCAAAUUCUCCACCUCGAUCAAUUGUAUGUUCUACAUCAAUAACCACAGUGAACAAUAUGACUAUUCAUUCUUCUACUAAUCGCAAUGUUAUUACAUCAACUACCAAUGACCGCAAACGUACAAUACCAGAAACAACAAUUGCGGAUGAGCCUCCACCAAAGCGUAUUUCGUCUUCAUUAUCACACAAUAAAAGUUCUCCGCGUCAACCAGCUACGUCUCUCAAUUCAGCUAUCCAGUCAACUUUAUCAUUAUCGAGCCAUGAGAAAAAAUCUACUCAAAGCAAAAACUCUGCAACAACUACAAAUGGAACACAUCACCAUGCAAUUUCUUCUCCUGCUCUGCAGCAAUCAUCAUUAACAUCAACAACAACAAUCAUAAAAACAUCACGGAUUCGACAGCCUCCAUCAGUUGCUAUCAAACGACCUUUAACUCCAAUGAUGACUUCUUCUCAAACAUUGACAAAGGCAAUUGAACAAAUUCCAAUCAAUAUCGCUGAAAAUAAGACUUCAACUACAAAACGAACGACAGAACCUCAAACAUCCAAUCAAGAUGAUGAAAAUCAAUUACUAAAACUGAACGAAUCUAGUGAUGUUGUUGAUACAUUUGCAUUCAUUGACGAAGCAUUACUUGAAACUGAUAACCUUCUUGAACUAUUCUAA